AUGGAAAUAAAAUACGUUUUCGUAAGGAUUUUCGUCGUGUUUUGCUCUUGGCAUCACUCAUCGGCGUAAAAGGCUGAUCCUAUUGCCGAGAGGGGGGGGGAGGCGCUGGCGCUGCGCCAGGGUCUGGCAAGUGCGCCUCCCUUUACCGCUGUUUGGCUUAUUCAUAGUUAGGGGUUUGGCUGUUUUUAAAAAGGCAAGCGCUGCUCUCAAGUUGAUCAGUCGGCUCAGAAAACUUCUCCAGAGGGGAAAGUGUUUUUUGGAAUCAGAAAGCCCAGAAUUUCAGUACGACCUAACUGCGCACCAACUGGGCAACACAGGACUAUUAAGACUAAAUCAAGUGUAUCAUUUUAAACAUAUAUAUAUAUAUAUACACAAUACUCACCGGAUUCUUGUUUCUAUAUUUUAAAGAGUUUUUGUUUAUUUCCUCUCUUUUUUUUAAAAAAAGAUCCCGACCUGUGCUUUUACUUUUGCAUGCGGACUUUUCCAAAGUUACUCUAAUUUGCAUCCAAAAUUCCGAUGACCGUCCGGAGACGCGUUUGCUCUCACAUUUAGUCCUUGUUUAUUUCUCACCUGAGAUUACUCUUACUUUGAAGAACGGAAAAGAAACAUGAUGCUUUUCGUGCUGGUUACAUUUCUGACGGCGUUGUCCAUCGGUUUUGGCUCGUUUGUGCCUUGCGAGCCGUGCGAUCAGAAGGCACUCUCUAUGUGUCCUCCGGUGCCGAUGGGCUGUCAGCCGGUGAAGGAGCCCGGCUGCGGCUGUUGCUUGACUUGCGCUCUGGCGGAGGGUCAGGCGUGCGGUGUCUACACCGGUACAUGCACCCACGGGCUGCGCUGUCUGCCGCGGAGCGGAGAAGAGAAGCCGCUUCACGCCCUGCUGCACGGCAAGGGAGUAUGCACGAACGAGAAAGGAUACAAACCAUCGCACCCACCCGUCGAUCGUGAGUCUAUUGAACAUGAUGAUACUGUUAAAGCAGAAACAACUGAAGACCAGCUUCCUAAAAUUCCCCUUUACCCCAAACCAGACGUGAUGAGCAGGAAGAAACAAGACGCCGUGAGCAAAAACAGGAAGAAACUGCAGGAGAAGCUUCGCAUUUUGGGGCAAUCGGAUUACUCGCCUCUUCCCGUGGACAAGCACGAGCCAGAAUUUGGUCCCUGCAGGAGGAAGCUGGAUGGAAUCAUUCAGGGCAUGAAAGACACAUCUCGCGUCAUGGCUCUUUCCCUGUACCUUCCCAACUGUGACAGAAAAGGUUUCUUCAAGCGUAAGCAGUGCAAACCAUCCCGUGGCCGGAAACGAGGCAUCUGCUGGUGCGUGGACAAAUACGGCGUGCAGCUGCCCGGCACCGACUACAGCGGCGGCAACAUCCAGUGCAAAGAUCUGGAGAACAGUAACAACAACGAGUGAGAAUUCAAGCCACCCUGAUCACCAGACCUAGGGCCCACCUCCUUUUCCUGUCUACCAAUCCACCCGCCAGUCACUUUGAGAUUUUGAUGCGAAACGAAAUAAUGGAGCAACUAUUAAAAAUAUGAAAAACAUGGUCAAAUAAACCACGGGAAUCGUUUUGACUGAGCGCUCGUCUUUAAAUCACUGGACUCAGCCAAUCGGAGGAGAAAUGGUUCCCAGCAAAAAAUGGUUAAAAAUAUAUACAUACAAUUAUAUAUUUUUAUAAAAGCUGGGUGUUCAGCACCAUACUGUUUUGUUUAAAGUUAACAUAAAACAAAAAACACUUUAAAAAAAGAAGAUAUAUGGCAUGUUAAACAUUAACAGGGCUAUCUUGGUCUCUUUUGCUGUCAAGGUAUGAAAUAGAUAGCAGGAAGUAAAACACAAUUUUUUGUUUGCUUUCCAAAAAAGAUAAAUCGCAUAGGGUAGAGAUCUGUUGUUAAUGCCAUCUCUAUCUGUUUUAAAUUUUUUUGUUUUGUUUUGGUCCUGUCAAAGCACUUAUUCAAUGGGAAACCUGCUUGGAAAUGUGUAACUUCACCAGAUUCAGUGUAUGCGUGUGUAAGCAUGUGCAUACAAGUGUGUGAACUAAAAUACAGCGAUAAACAAUGCCUUUUUGUGACACGUCCCUCCCAGAACACAGUGACCCCAUUAGACAAAUCUGUUUCAGUGACUUUUUGACUGUGUAGAGCUUACCUAACACGCCAACCGUGCCUAUGUAAACAGAUGCAGCCAUGCACAUUUACACGGGUCAGCUGACCGACAUCUCCUUUUUAUUUAGGAGUCUCAUUGGUGUCUAGAAAAAAAGAAGUAAAGGCCACUCGGGAACGUUUUUCACAAUUUCAGACAUUACGGUAUCUGUCUCGAUAUUCGGGCAGAUGUCGUAACCCCUAAACACUUCCAGCAUUUAGGUUUGAACUUGUGUUUGAGUUUCUUUCUUUGUAAUGAUUAUUUUUCUAAUGUUUUAACUUUUAAUUAUGCGUUUUGAGGUAUUGACAGUCCAUAUUUGAGCCAUAGACUUUGUGGUUUCACUGAGAUGGUGUAAUAUUACUUUUAGGAUCUUGAAUGUGUUUUAUUUUCGUUCUUUUGUUUUGUUUACCCUGUUAUCCUAAACAACCACAACAACCGGGUGCCUAGCUAGGAGAGGAGUUGUGUAUUUUAGCAUAUCGUCAAUUUGCAUAGUUCCAGAACUCGGUCAUUUGAAUGCAGGUCUGACCACUUUUUAAGCUCCGCCCACUCUGACUGUUCACCAAUCAGUAAUAGCCGUUUUGGUUAUUCGGGCACAAUGACUGGACAUUUCAGUUGUUAUUUGUCAUAUCUCAUCGAUGCUAUUACGUAAGAGGCACGGUGCAGCCAGAAGUUAUACAUAUACCGCAUCAUUUUACGGGAGUUUCUGCGCACGAGUCUCAGUGCCUUUUCUGCAUGCAAAUACAUUUGAAUGGUGACGUGAAUGUUACACAAUAGCCAAGGGGACAAACACAGGGCGAACCUUUCUGUAUUGACGAAGGACCUCAAUUGCGUUCAAAUAUAGAAGCAGAUUAAAAAAAAUUGCAUUGUAUGUUAAGCAGCUAUCGAAUAUCACUCCCUGGGGUUAGGCUAAGAUAGGGGGAGACUUUGGUCACGUUCCAGCAAGUGCUAGCUCAUUUCAUGUUAUUUCUCUUUAAGAAUAAGCUGACGUUUGCUUCGACAAAGACUGCAAACGUGUGUCAUUUAUCUCACGAGAGUAUUUUCAGUGACUUAUUUCAAUCAAAGCAGGGAAACUUACCGGUUAGCUCUUGAUGAACGAGCGAGCCAUCGCCUGCCACGACGGGUCAGUCCGGAUUUGAUUUCAGGGCCCGAACGAUCGUCGUUUAAACAGCUGGGAGGGGGCCAUAAAAUAGUCAAUACCAUUCGUAUCACCCAGAACCAGGCCCAAACGUAACCUGCAGACUUGGUCUAAAAUAUAUUUAACCAUGUUUAAAUGAUAUACAGAUCCAUGUGCAGAUUUCGUGUGGGCCUGCCCAUCGUUUUUUUGCAUAAUAAUAAAGCAUGUAUCCGUGGCAUGUGAUGAAAUGAAUAGUGAAUGACGAUCGGCUCUCGAUUCGAAGGUAGCAAGAAAGAGAGGUCAGGGUUUUGCAGGUGCGUAGAGUACGUCGAAGAGGCCAAGUCGCCUCUGUUAUUGCACAUAUAGCCUUACGGGUGUCCGGCACCAGAGGGCAAAAUCAGUAGACAGCAUUAUCCCGGUCCUGAUCCACGUUGAACGCCCCCUCCCCAUUUAAACAAGCAGCUUGCACUUAAUUUGUUUACUGCCACACGUUUAGUGCCGUCUCUUUAAGGAAAGUGAAUCUCAGUUCGGGUAUAAAAGCAGGAGCGGGCCUGCCCGAGUACCUUUGACAGGGGCUUCGCAGCCCAAGCCUGAACCCACAUCAUCAUUUAGUGGGUAAACCAGUAAAACCAGUCACAGUCUAUUCUCCAUAUACUCUUAAAGGAACAGUCACCCAAAAAUGAAAAUUUUGUACUCAACAACUUAUGUCGUUUCAAACCAUUCUUACCAAAACAUACGAGCACUGUAAAAGUGGUCAGUAAGACUCUGAAUUAUUUGUUUCCAAAUAAAGAUCACUUUUGUGCCAAUUUUUAACCUUAAAAACCUCCGUCCCCCUUGGUAGUGAAUGCAUGAACAUUUUUGUAGUCACAUGAGUUUGGAACGACAUGAUAGUGAGUUUUUAUUUAAGGGUGCACUACUCCUUUAAUACACUUUAAGUCUCAGUGAUAUCCGGGGAGCAGGAGAGAAGGUGAAGGCCUUAAGCGGUGAUCUCGUGCAGGGCUUCACUAUCACAACACAUCAUUACACAUCACAGUAGAUUGCUUAGACGGACAACCGGAGUUGUCGGAAUCUGAUGAGCAGGGUCGCACGGCAAAAGGGGGACCCACGGUAACUUAUCCAUGACACAGGCCACUCGACGGCUGAAAUGGUUUAUAAGGUGUCAGGAGUCCAUAUUGAAGUGCUUUUGUCAAGCACUGAACGUUUCAAGACGAUGCGCUAUGGCUGAAAACGUUUCCCCAGGUCGUGGGUGUCAGAUGCGAGAAUGUGAACGAAAACUGUGAUUUGAAUCCGUCCUGAUUUGUAAUAAGAUGUAUACGACUUGCAACCUGUUGCUUGUGUGCAAUCUGCUUUCAUCAGAUUCCGAUUUUCGUACAUGACUUGGGUAGACAGCAUUCAUAGCCUACACUACAGUAGUUAAUGACAGUUUAUCUUUCUUCUCUGAAUGCAUAACAGUUUUUUUUUUCUUCUUGCUUAAUGUUUUUUAUGGAUGAGAUAAGACUUGAUGAUUGACCAUCUAAAUGUGGCAUAAACCGGCAUGUGAAAAGACUCAAUAGUGGCUGGAGGACUCUAAAAUGUUCAGCAUUUGGAACUCUUGAUAAAACCCAAUAAAAUGAAAAAAAAGAAAAAAAAGCUCAAAUUAUGAAAAAGUGAAUAUCACUGUGUAAUAUUUAUUCAACUUGUAAUUUAUGUACUCUUUUAACCUUUGUCUGUUUUUUGUUAUGACAAAGCAUUUAUUUAAAUAAAGUUAUGUAUUCAUUUAAA